AAACAUCUCUAAUCCCCAACUUGCUGGUUUCCUGCAGAUGAUCGUUUGUAGACCUGUCCUGGUGUGAUGUCUACAGCACUGCGAAUACUCUACUCGUCCCGGCCAGGCACGUUCGCUGCCGGCCCUGUCCUGGUUCGACCUUUCAGUGUCACCGUCCAAAGAGGAGGCUACAAAUAUGUGAACGCUCAGGAGCUGCCCACGGAUAUGAAGUCUGUUACUGACCGUGCGGCCCAAACACUGCUGUGGACCGAACUCUUCAGAGGGCUGGGUAUGACUAUGAGUUAUCUGUUCCGAGAGCCAGCCACCAUAAACUAUCCAUUCGAGAAAGGGCCUCUGUCCCCUCGUUUCCGUGGAGAACAUGCGCUGCGCAGGUACCCGAAUGGAGAGGAGCGCUGUAUCGCAUGCAAACUGUGUGAAGCCAUCUGCCCUGCACAGGCCAUCACAAUUGAAGCAGAAACCCGUGCUGACGGCAGCAGAAGAACCACUCGCUAUGAUAUCGACAUGACCAAAUGUAUCUACUGUGGAUUCUGUCAGGAGGCCUGUCCUGUAGACGCAAUAGUGGAGGGUCCUAAUUUUGAGUUCUCUACCGAGACACAUGAGGAGUUGCUUUAUAAUAAGGAGAAGCUGCUGAACAAUGGAGAUCGCUGGGAGGCUGAGAUUGCCGCCAACAUCCAGGCUGACUACCUGUACAGAUAAACACUACUAGAUGCACAGCACAGUGCAUAAGCUUGGUCAAACCAAGACA